AUGGGAUGCCUUUCAUCGGCUCGUGCUCUGCAACGUGCUGUGGCGACCGCAAAGGCGGCAACCGAGAAGCGCAUGCCCUCGGAAGCGGUCUUCGGAAAAGCCAAGCAACGCAGAGGUGAAACGUCCCAGUUCAGGAUCCAGCUUCUCCUUCAAACCUCAGCUUAUAGCGGUGAGGCGGCGAGUUGGACGGCGCCAGCAGAGGAGUGCGACAUCGCGUACAGGAGGCAACGGCUAUCGCGAAGACGUUGCCAUCUGUACUGCGAGACUCCGGAAGUGUGUACCCCUUCGCAACUGUCUUGUGAAGACCAUUCGCAGAUGAUCGUCGGCUUAACGGCCUGUUGCAUGGAGGAUGCAGCUAGGGCUAGCGUGCGCGACGAGCAAUCGCAUGCAAGGGCAAGUACCAACGUACUGUCCAGGCCAGGUACAGUCGUACCCAGAAGCCCUUUUCGAGGGGCGGACAUGGCGAAGGGGAGGUCGAAUGAUAUUGGCAGGCAUGAGGGCGGUGAGCGUACUGUGGGUGUGAAUGAAUCGAACGAAAAACCAUUUACGCGCAACAGUCGCGCACACCAUGAUGGUCGACCCGAGGCCUGA